AUGGCGCCCGGCGCGCAAGGGAUGCCGCUUGGAACAAACGGUAGCAACCAGCUGGGCGGCUGUUCCUCUCAGCUAAGCAACCAAGCUUCCACCCAGCUGAGCGUCGCACUAGCCAAUGGGGGCGCGCAGCAGCAGAACGGCCAGAUGGCGCCUGCGCCUCAGCAGUUGUCGCAACAACUAAACAUGCAACAACAAAUGGGCAACAUGAACCAAGGCAUACCCUCCAACCAACACCCUUCAAUUAAGGCUCGAAAUGUUUCAUCCCUUCCACAUUUUACAGAAGAGUGUGAUGAUGAACUAGUAGAAUCUACAUGUUGCAGAAUGUGAUGAUGAUCUAGAACCAGGCUACAGGUCCUGUAGCUGGCUAAGUGGUGCCAAACAAUGGACCAAUAGUACUUAAUGAAGUGAGUGAGAUGUUCUUCUUUCAACCUUUAAUCCGAGCAUUACCAGCAACAGUAGCAACAGCCUUGGGCCACUCUUGAACGGGAGCCAGAAUCUGGGUCUCUUGAACGGGACCGGGAAUACUGGGCCGCUCGUACCAGGGAACCCAGGCAACGCAAUUUAAGGCCCGUCCUUCAAAAAUCCAUCCUACGAAAACCUUGAGAGGCAUUCUUUAUCCACGCAAUAUGUAUUGCCAGGGAAAUCUUAGGCAUGUUGCCGAAUAGAUUCGACUCGUCACGUAUCCUUGAAAAAAAUAGUAUCUACCUCUUUAAACUACUUUAAAAAGAAGACGAAUCUCACUAGGUAUGAAGGAAGCUUUCUUGUUCACCUUCUUCAGGAUCACGCUUAAUAAUACAAUAGAUAUUCCGAGAAUAGAUGGAGUACGAUUUUUUGGAAAAAUUACUGUUUAAUUCCUCUAGCUCUCUCUAAUGAAGGCAGCACGUCGGUGGAAUGCCGCAACAAAAUGCCAACACCUUGACAACGUCUGCCAGCAAGCAGGAAGUUGCUAGGGAAGACUCGGGGUCUUCGGGGUUGAAUAGCCAGGCUCCGAUGUUCACUCCCAGCGGACAACAAAGGCUUCGACCGGUACUCUACAAUUUUGUUAGAAUUGUCGCCUCUUCACCUUCAAUCAUCUAAGGCACCCUUCAACUGCGUUCGUCUUUGGUCAUCGAUAUUAAGUACCAUUCUCGAGUAAGAUCAAGUUCGCAUUCAAUAAAAUAGUUUUCGCAUGAUUUACCAUUUUAUGUCUCCUCUUGUCCUACAGGAUGCUUCGACGUGGUUUCCGAACCUUGACGCGCAAAGUUGGUACUUGCCCAACCCUUAUUAAAAAAUUAGGCAAUGUUGGAGGUGGUCUAUGCGGCUAUGCUGUUGUACCUCUUUGUAUCCCUCACGCAGGGAUAAUGUUGGUUCCCCCAGAAUCGUGUCGCUGAAUUUUUGGUCCCACUCACAAUAACCUCCACAAGUUUGUUUUCCAAUUAUGGUGUCUUCAUCUAACAAAGACGUAUCAUUUUCUUUGCGUUGUGAAAGACUGCCUUCGUUCUACUUUUCUAGCUUCCAGCAAUAAAUAAGUAGCAUCUACUUUUGCGUCUCAAACCAGCACCGUCAAGUUGAUUGCUUGCAUUCCGGUGUUGAUUUUGAGAGCGCCGGUGCCUCAACAUUUUCUUCACUCUGCGUUGACAUAGUUCUCGUGUCUUGUCUGAUAAGUACUAUGUACUCGUCAACGUUUAUCAUUUGGCUCCACACCCUCCUUUGUUCUACCUACAUCGAUUAUACAUUUCUGUAAUGCAUUUCGACUUACUAGGUCCUCUCUGCUAUGAGGAUACAAAAAGACCUAAAGCUUCACAAUAGACGGUGUUAUUCUGGCCUUCGUGUGGUCUUACAUCAGCCUUUGAAUAACAUUAUGCUGGUCAUCUAGCUACACCUAAACAUAUAUUAAAGCAAAGCCUUUUUGCGAAAUUUUCUAUUCCAUUACAUACUGUUGCUGCUUUCUACUAAGUAGCAUGAUUGGAUAUUUCUACUCUUGAAUUAUGGUGGUCUAUGAAAGAAGUAGACAUUUACCAUAAGAUGUGAUGUGUCCUAAAAAAGCCUUAAAAUUGGAAUGAUUUCCAAGCGUUUUUCUUUGUGACAAGCCCAUUCCUCUUUUUUUUAAACUCCCCAAAGCCAAACACGUAGAUGGAGGAGCCCUCCCAGAACGACGGACACAACAUACUAGAUAUGGUGACAUACGAAUCUUGCCAGUUUGAUGUAGGUAAGCAUUUGCCACUUUGGUUUUUGAUCGGAAUAGUUAUCUUCCGGGAAAGGCCUUUACGGAGGAG